AUGGCAUUUUGGAAUAGUAAACCAGUUGAACAAACACCAGCUGCUGAUCCAGUUAACAUUAAAUCACAACAGAUUAAACAAGAUAUACAACAACAAAUAAGUCAAGAAUUAGCAACAGCAAAUGCAACAGAAUUAGUAAGAACUAUAACAGAAAAUUGUUUUGAUAAAUGUAUAAUACAACCAAAUGACAUUUUAUCAGCCAGUGAAGAUCAGUGUAUCAAUCAAUGUAAAGAGAAAUAUAUGAGAUCAUGGAAUGUAAUAUCAAAAGCAUAUAUAGAUAGAAUACAAAGACAAGUAUAA